AUGGGACGAGGGUCUGGAUUGGAUAGAUCGAGCCGGGGAUAUUUUGGUCGAGAAAGAGAUGGAUUUUAUCAAAACCGUAGCUCAAUGAAAUUGAUUAUACCACCCUUUCAAGGUAAGAGUGAUCCCGAGGCGUACAUUCAAUGGGAAAGAAAGGUUGAGCACGUAUUCGAUUGUGAUUACUAUUCCGAAAAGAAGAAAGUGAAGCUCGUCGUCGAAGCAUUCAUUGACUAUGCAAUUAGUUGGUGGGACCAAUUUGUCUUAACUAGGCGGCGUUGUGGUGAACCACCAAUUGAUGAUUGGGAGUCCAUGAAGGCAGUUAUGAGGAAGAGAUUUGUUCCUGCCCAUUAUUAUAGGGAAUUGAAGAUGCAAAGCUUGAGGCAAGUUACUGAGUUAAAAGAAAAGAGAUCGCCGAGUCGAAAAUCACGGUGGAGCUCUUCAUCAAACCGAGAUAGGGAAUCAAUACCGAGAGAGGCCACGUUCGAUCCUCCAUAUGAGACUAAAGAAAGAGAUUGUUUGGAUAAGCCAUUCAUGAAUUUGCGGUCGGACUACAAGGAAUUGAAGAGAAAGGGUGAUUCUUUAUCAUCAUUUGGAAAGGAAAAUACUCGUCAAGCUUUUGAGAAUCGGAACAUUGUAGGCGAUUCAGCAAGUGAUGAACCGCUGCUUGAGGAAAAUUUAAGUGAGAAUGUUGAGGUUGAGUCCAAGGGGGAAGAAAAUUGCAAACCCGCGCCACCACUUGAAGAAAAAGAAGUGUGA